GGGAUUCGGCUGGCGGCGAGCAACGCGGAGCCGGAGCCGGACGCCGCCGCCGCCGGCACCUGCGCGGCCGUCAGCAAGAUGUCAUGGCACCCCCAGUACCGGAGCUCCAAGUUCCGGCACGUCUUCGGCAAACCAGCCAGCAAGGAGAAUUGCUAUGACUCCGUGCCCAUCACCCGCAGCGUGCACGACAACCAUUUCUGUGCCGUGAACCCCCACUUCAUUGCCGUCGUGACUGAGUGUGCCGGUGGGGGCGCCUUCCUUGUCAUCCCUCUGCACCAGACAGGAAAGUUGGACCCCCACUACCCAAAGGUGUGUGGGCACCGAGGGAACGUCUUAGACAUCAAGUGGAACCCCUUCGAUGACUUUGAGAUCGCUUCCUGUUCUGAAGAUGCCACGAUCAAGGUCUGGGCCAUCCCCAAGCAGCUGCUCUCCAAAAACCUCACGGCCUACAGGAAGGAGCUGGUGGGCCACUCGCGCAGGGUGGGCCUUGUGGAGUGGCACCCCACAGCCGCCAACAUCCUCUUCAGCUCCGGCUAUGACUACAAGGUGAUGGUUUGGAACCUGGAUACGAAGGAGUCGGUCAUCAUGAGUCCCGUGCGGACGAUCACCUGUCAUCAGGAUGUCAUCCUUUCCAUGUCCUUCAAUACCAACGGCAGCUUGCUGGCCACCGCCUGCAAAGACCGCAAGAUUCGGGUCCUCGAUCCCCGAAUGGGGACCGUCCUCCAGGAAGCCAGCUACAAGGGGCAUCGAGCCAACAAGGUGCUGUUCCUGGGCAACUUGAAGAAGCUGCUGUCCACAGGCACGUCCCGAUGGAACAACCGGCAGAUGGCCGUGUGGGACCAGGACGACCUCUCUGUGCCUCUCACAGAGGAGGACCUGGACGGCUCCUCAGGAGUGUUGUUUCCCUUCUACGAUGCCGACACCAACAUGCUCUACGUGGUGGGGAAGGGAGACGGCAACAUCCGCUACUACGAGGUAAGCGCCGACAAACCUCACCUGAGCUACUUGACCGAGUACCGCUCCUAUAACCCGCAAAAGGGAAUCGGUGUCAUGCCAAAGAGGGGUCUCGACGUGUCCGCCUGUGAGAUCUUCCGCUUCUACAAGCUCAUCACCACUAAAAGCCUCAUUGAGCCCGUGUCCAUGAUUGUGCCUCGCCGAUCGGAAUCUUACCAGGAGGACAUCUACCCACCCACGGCAGGGGCCCAGCCCUCACUCACAGCCCAGGAGUGGCUCAGCGGGAUGGACAAGGGGCCUGUCCUGGUGUCCCUUAGACCAGGGUCCCAGAUGCUGAGUCCCCGGGCACUGCCUGCAGAGAGAUCCAUGUCCAACUCUGUGGGCCCAACCCCAGCCCUGGCCCUGGAUCGCUCGGAGAAGCUGAGCAUGGUGGACGGCCGGAAGCCCUUUUCCCUACGGGAGGAGAAGGUACCCAGGAGGACAGCAGAACACAGGCUGGAGGAGAAGUCCUGGCUCACCAACGGCUUUGACAUUUUCGAAUGCCCCCCACCAAAGACAGAGAAUGAGCUGCUGCAGAUGUUCUACCGGCAACAGGAGGAGAUCCGGAGGCUGCGGGAGUUGGUGACCCAGCGGGAGGUGCAGGCCAAGCAGCUGGAACUAGAGAUCAAAAACUUGCGGAUGAGCUCAGAGCAAUGAGUCGGGGAGACCGCCCUCCUCGCCCUCAGGGACCCCCGCUCGGCUCCAUGGGGAGGCCCAGGACCAAACUGCAAGUCCCCUCUCCCCCCCGCUCCAAGAACAGCCACUAUUUCUAUAUUUUUUACCAGAAAACGAAAGCUCUUGGUCGCUGAAAGAGAUUCUGAUGGGAUGUGGUGCAUUUUGUUGUUUUUGUUUUUUGUUUUUCUAUCUGCCUUCCCGCAGCACCAGUUCCUGAAUUGAGUUGGUUUUUUGUUUUAGUUGGGUAUGGAACAGGGUGGGAAGUUAAGAGCUGGAAGGACCCAGGAGCCCACCCUGGUGGUGGUGUUUGCACAGCAAUCCGUGGAGUAGAGGCCAAAGGCUGCACCUCUGGUCCCAGAUGAGCCCUGCACCCAUCUGCUACAUGUGUGGAGCUGCUGCAGCAAACGCAGUGGGUAGAAAACCAAUGAGCUGGCCCAGCACCCUCCUAUUUUUUUCUUUUACAAGUGGGGAAACUGAGGCCCAGAGAGAGUCCAGGGAGGUCUGUCUCAUGGCAGGGCUGCCAGGCUCCUGGGCUCCUGUGUCUGCCAGGACUGCUCUGAUGCAGGUCUUGUCCCAUGGAACAAGCACCCGCUGCUACUGGCCUGAACUGGCUUGGUGACCUCUUCAGAGUCCUUCCCUUCGGCGGGACCUAUCACUAUCAGAGACCUCUGACCUUGGGAAGGCCACUUGUGGAGUGAUAUCAGGCUUGCAGAAACUCCCAGACCAUUGGCACAGUAGUGGAGGGCAAUGAACUUGGCAGCAGUGAAUCAAAGUUCAGGCCAGACAGGCCUCCUGGCCAGUUGUAGAUAAGGCGCUGUCCUUUCUGUGCCCUUGACUGGUGGCUGCCAUCAGCCAGGCCCUGAGGGGGAAGGAGGGCAUUGCCCACCUCCUGGAUGGCCCUCCGGACGGGUGAGACUGCAAGAGCUGCGACAUGGGGAUUAGAGGGCCCCAGAGCUGUGUUCUGGCCCCAGAGUUUGUCUGUUGGGCUUCCUUUGUGGGCCAGCUCCUCUGCUGGCUGCUCACCAGACAACAUCCUGCCAGAGAACAGGGAAGUAGGGGCGAGUGUGUGUGUGGGCGUGGGGUGUGGUGUUUGUUGCACUGCACUCAGGGAGGGGUUUUGGAGUUCUAACAGGGACUGUGGGGCGGGGGGUGGGGGGAAAGCUCUGUGAACAGGUACCCAGGGACCCUCCACCUCAGACCCCUUAGUUGAAGCUGGGGCCUGACCUGGCCUUGCAGGUGAUUUUUAAGCCCCCUGAGUGGGGUGGUGGAGGUUCUACAUACAGUGCCCAGUGGAAAGGGGAGACCCACUAAGCUGGUCCUCUGUAUGUGUGUGUACUAAAGAUGAAGAGGGGAGGGAGCCCCAGCAAAGAGACCCUGUGCCCCAUACAGCACCCUGGGGGCACCCUUUGUUCCUGUCUGAAAUACCAGCCAGGCUCGCCUUCCUGUGUGAUGCCAGGCCCUGCCUGGGAAGUGGGGGACCUCCCCUGGCACCUACAAAAGCCCCCUCAACUGCAUGCACUAUCAUCGGCUACUCUGACACAGGGCCAGCUGGCAGGAGGGUGACAGUCACAGGAAGACCAGCCUCAAGCUCGAGCUGACUGAGGUGGGAGUGAGGCCAGAAAGCCCCCCAUGCCCCCGACGAGACCCCAUCCUCACCUUGAAACACUGCAUCUUUGAACAAACCUGUGCUUUCUUUUUUUUACAUCUCAAAUAAAUUAUUUAAAUUAUUUCAUAGCAAGGGAGAGGGAUAAGUAAUUUUUAUGCUAUUUUUAAGGCAUCUAUUUUUUUAAUACCAUUUUUGUGUGUGUUCUUGCGCCUGUCCAAGUGGAACUACCCAGCAUUCAGCCCCUUCGUCCCCCUUCACCUCCCGGGGCUGGCACCUGUCCUAGCUCUGCACCGUGGCGCCCCCUAUCUGUUGACUCAGGAACUGUCCAAGCAUGAAGUCCGCCCCCCCUCUGCCCCCCACUGGGAGAUAAGCUGCCUACAAAUUGUGCUUCCUGGAACAAAACUUGAGAUUGUGUCCCAGCAGGAAACAGGAAGUCAGAAACUGAUCUUUUCAUAGGAAACCGUGCCUGAAACUGUUUGGAUGAUUGUUUUAAUGUUUCUGAAAUCCCUUAUACCUUUGUAAAAAAAAAAUAAUAAUAAUAAAAGAAAUGAAAGUAAA